AUGUCUUCUGCAGCAGCUGAACCUGAACAGAGAGAACAAGCCAUAUUUUUCCAGCAGCAGCAGCAACAGCAACAGCAACAGCAGCAGCAGCCGCGGCAACAGCAGCAGCGACAGCAGAAGCAGCACCAUAAGCAAGAUGACACCUCAGAGACAGAGCAGCAGCAGCAGCAGCAGCAGCGGCAGCAGCACAAAGGGGACAACUCUCCAUGGGGAGGGUCUGAGGUGAAGUCUGAGCAGCGUCGGAGGACGCAGCUGCAGCAGCAGCAGCAGCUGCUGCAGCAGCAGCAGCAGCCCCAACAGCAGCAGGAAGCUUACCAUGAGCCUCUGCAGCUGCUGCAGAGGCAGACGCAAAGGGAGCCAUCUGCACAAGAACCCGAGCAGCAACAGCAGCAGCAACCGCAGCAGCAGCAGCUGCUGCUGCUGCAGCGGCAGAGGCCUCGCACAAUAGGCCACACUUCACUUAAAGAGGCAAGAUCUGCUGCUGCUGCUGCUGCAGCUGCUGCUGCUCUCUCUGCUGCAGAAACACCCGAAGCGCUGCCGCGGGGCUUGAAGAAGGGCCUCAGUCUUCCGGCUAAUCUGCCUGCAGCAGCCUCUGUGCUGCAGCAGCAGCAGCAGCAGCAGCAGCAGCAGUACAAGCAGCACCAAAGGCAGCGCCGCAGACUCAUGCGCAGAAUGCAGCCGCCCCCCCUGUCUCCAGCAAAAAGACAAAUGGGGGACAGCACGGGAAAGGUCAAGGGGAAGCCGCUGGGAGCAGCAGCAGCAGCAGCAGCAGCAGCAGCAGCAGCAGCUGGAGGCUGCGGCAAGCAGCAGAGAGCGCAGCAGGCAGCAGCAGCCGCCCGCAGCGCAGCGCUGCAGUGGCCGGCGCUCGAGUCGCCCUCGUCAGACGGCCUUGCUGCUGCUGUUGCUUCGGAGCAGCAAGGUAAGCAGCAGCAGCAGCAGCAGCUCCUCCUGAGACAGCUGCCAGCGCGGCUGGCUCUGCUGCAGCAGCGCCAGCAGAAGCAGCAGCAGAAGCAGCAGGCGGCGCAGCAGGCCGGGCAGCAGCAGGCGUCACAGCAGCAGCAGCUGCAGGAGCUGCUGCAGCUGCAGACCCAGCGCCCGCAGCAGCUGCAGCAGCAGCAGCAGCCAGCCUUCUCUUACGGCACUCUUCGCAAGAAGCCGCCAAGCCGCUGGAAAAGGCCUUCGCCCUUUGGACUUCGAGUUGACUUUCCUGUCAAUCCGCUGCUGCAGCCGCUGCUGCUGGACACCAACCCGUUCCUGGACUCACGACCAACUUACAAAGGCAGCACGAAGCUCUAUGAAGUGCACAUACAGAGAAGAGGCGAAGAGCUGCUGGAGGAUGAGCAGCUGCAGCAGCUGCAGCUGGUCAAGAAGCCGCCGCCGCAGCUGCUGCUGCAGCACGAGCAGCAGCAGCAGCAGCAGCUUUUUCUGCCGCUGGAGAAGCAGCAGGAGCAGCAGCAGCACCUCACCCCAUACGAACUUCUUGCUAGAAUCCCCCGCAGCAGCAGCAACGGCGAAGCAGCAGACGAGCAGCUCGCAGGACAGCUCCUGCUGCAGCAAGGCUCAAGCAGCAGCAGCAACCAUGCAGAGGUCCAGCCAGGCUACUGCUCUUGGAUGGACGGCAGCAGCAGCAGCAGCAGCAGCAGCAGCAGCAGCUUUCUCGCAGCUAGACACUCCGUGGAGGGGAUUCCUGAGGUCCCGCUGCGGCAGCCAACGGCACUUAGUCUCCCGUGUCAGCCGCUGCAGCUGCAGGAGCAGCAGCUGCAGCAGCACGAGCAGCAGCAGCGGCUGCAGCUGCAGCAGCAGGUGGAUCACCAGCUGCAGCACAAACCUCUGCAGGGCCACGACACCUUGCCGCUGGGAUGCUGCUGCCCUGCCCCGGACGAGCGCGCAGCACUGCAGCAGAAGCAGCAGCAUCACUUGUUGCUGCUGCAGCAGCAGCAGCAAAGCCCAUCUGCAGAACGCAUGCACAUCUUAUCGCCGCUCAGCGGCAGCUUCCAUCAGCAACAAGGAGAGUCUCCUGCAGCAGCAGCAGCAGCCGCUGCUGCUGCUGCUGCAGGGGCAGUGCUCUCCCCCACCAGCAGCGAAGAGGCUGCGGGAAAUUCUUUUGGCGUCUGCUGCAGCAGCAAGGCUCCAGUGAUGCUCUACGGCAGCAGCAGCAGCAGCAGCAGCAGCAGCAGCAGUGUCAGCAACUCUAACACAAUUACCAGGGAAGGGUCCUCUUUAAUGGAUCUGCUGCAGCAGCUACCACCACCUACGGGGCAGCUACGCUGCAGCAGCGACAGCAGCAGCUGCUGCUGCAGGACUGGAAGCAGCUGCAGUUGCGGCGGCGUCAGCAGCAACUGCCCCCGGGUGUGUUCCACUGCUGCUGCUGCUUCCUAUAGAAACCAGCAGCUGCUGCUGCAGCACGAGCCCCUGAUGCACCAAGGACACCCCGUUACUACGCAGCAGCAGCAGCAGCAGCAGCAGCAGCAGCAAGAGCAGCAACACGACGACCAAGGCU